CACGUGUAUACAGGACAGUGUUUACCUCAGCAUGGCUAAAGUCUCUAAGAAGAACGUGAGAAAAAAGAGUCUCAAAAAGAGUCUCAGGAAGAGCUCCGAGGAGUCCGAGAGCGCAGCGGCGAAGCUGGAUGUGGCCUACGACGACGAAGAAGAUGAGGAGAAUCGAAAUGAGGCAGAUGAAAACAUCAGCAGUGAGGAGGAGGACGGCGAAGAUGAACGGAGACGCCAAAAGCUGCUGGAGGCCAUCAGCGCUAUCGGAGGUAAGAGGAAGAAAAAGCUGGGGGAGAGAUCCGAGGCGGCCGUCCAGAUGUCAGAGUUUACGGUCAACGCGGAGGGAGAGGGCGAGAAAAUCGACCUGUCGGACCUCAUCGGGACCAUGGACAAAACCCCCGCUGUUCCAGCCAAGACCAAGAAGCAGCUGAAGAACCUACAGCAGAGUAAAACGACCAUUGAGUGCCCCCUCAGCAAACAGGAGAGUGAGAGGAUCCAGAGAGAUGUUGCUUUUCAGAAGGCAGCAACAGAAGUGUCCCACUGGAAAAGUAUCAUCAAGCAGAACCAGAGGGCCGAGCAGCUGGUCUUCCCCCUGAACCAGGAGCCCUCUGGCCCCAAAGCCAUGGAGAGGGUGGUGACCAGCUGGAACGCACAAACCCCGCUCGAGCAGGAAAUAUUUGCCCUUCUGUCAAGCAACAAGCAGCCCAUCAAUGACCCCAUCUUGACCCCCGCAGAGGAGGCUUCCAUGAGGGCGAUGAGCCUGGAGGAAGCCAAGAUCCGCCGCGCAGAGCUGCAGAAAGCCCGGGCUCUGCAGUCCUACUACGAGGCCAAAGCCCGCAGAGAGAGGAAGAUCAAGAGUAAGAAGUACCACAAAGUUCACAACAAAGCCAAGCGUAAAGAGUUCCUGAAGCAGUUUGAUGAGAUGGUGAAGACAGAUCCGGCUGCUGCCUUAGAGGAGCUGAAUAAGAUGGAGCUGGCCAGGAUGCAGGAGAGGAUGUCACUGAAGCACCAGAACAGCAGCAAGUGGGCCAAGUCAAAGAUGAUCAUGGCCAAAUAUGAUGAGGGGGCUCGCAAAGCCAUGCAGCAGCAGCUGGAGUUGAACAAAGACCUGACCCAGAAGCUGGCGACAUCGCUGAACAAUGAGAAAGAGGAGGAGGAGGAGGAGGAGGAAACAGGUCCUGCAGAGAUGAUGCCUGAUUUUGUGAACGAUGCAGAGCAAGGACUGGAAUCCUCAAAUCCUUGGAUGAGAGGCAAGCUCUCUGAAGAUCCCUCAGAGAAAGAAAAGAGUGACAUUGUGGAUCUUACAGCAGAGGGGGCCGCAGUGGAGGGAAAUACAGCUGAAGAAGAUGAGGAGGAGGAGGUGGAGGAAACGGAAGAGGAAGCACUCCUCAGAGAGUUUGACAGCAGGAGGAGACUGCGUCAGUUUCAGGAGGCUGACACAGCUCCUGUAAUGUCUGUGGAUGAUGAGGAGGAGGAUAAAGCUGCAGCAGAGGAUCUAGAUGCUUCAGACAAAGAGGAGCAGGAGCUUUCAGAGUUCACCAGGCUUUUAAAAGGAAUAGCAGAUGGCCAUCGUGACUUAGAGGUGGAGCAGGCUGAGGCAGCAGCAGAUGCCAGCUGCACGGACACUUCAGCUCAGCUGGAAGAAGGCCUGAUCAGGAUCAGAACCCUGGAGGAUGUGGAGCUCCUCAGUCAGGAUGAGUCUGCAGCUGAUGAAGCACCUGUUCAGCCCCAGCCCCCCCCAGCCGAAGAAGAAAACCUGCCAUCUGCAGGCAAAAACAGGAAAAGAAAGAGAGGGAUUGAGCUGAAAGAAGUUCUCACCAGAGAGACAAAAGUCAUCCAAGUCCCUCUCGCUCCAACCGUGGAAGACACAGAGGACUCAGAUGAAAAGCUGGACCAGAGGGGGCUCAUUAAAGAGGCCUUUGCGGGAGAUGAUGUCAUCUCAGACUUCCUUAGGGACAAGAGGAAGCAGGAAGAUGCAGGGAAGCCUAAGGUGGUGGACCUGACCCUGCCUGGUUGGGGGGAGUGGGGAGGGAUGGGCCUCAAGCCUUCCCGCAGCAAACGCAAGAGGUUCAGGAUCAAGACUGCACCGCCUCCACCCAGGAAAGACCGACAGCUGCCCAGCGUCAUCAUCUCAGAGAAGAGAAACAGCUCCAUCAGCCUCCACCAGGUGAAUUCGCUGCCCUUCCCCUUUGAGAGCCACGCGCAGUUCGAGAGCACCAUCCGCUCCCCCUUGGGCCGCACCUGGAACACAGAGCGGACUGUAAAGAAGAUCACCAAGCCCAAGGUAGUCACGCAGUUGGGCGCCAUCAUCCAGCCCAUGGCACGGGAGGAUCUGAUGAAGGACAAGAAGCAGGUGUCUGCUGGGAAUAAAAGUAGUGUGGACUCACAGAAAAGAAACAAGAAACAAGUAACAGUGAAAUGAUCAGAAGAAAAUAGUUUUUUAAAGUGUUUCUCCACUAAGAAGCUUCUCUGCCAGCGUUAAAUUCUGAGAGACAGGUGAUCAGUUUACUUCAGUCUUUGCUGUGAGGAUAUUUCAGUGUGUAGGGAGCUGGAAUUAUGUGUUGUGUUAUGACAAAUAUUAGAACUCGUUUUUUUUUUUCUGGAUUCUUUUCAUACUGUAUAUUUGAUAUUGAAAUAUAAAAAUCAAAUAUAUAAAAUCAACGAAGCAAGUAAGACGUGAAAUAAAUUCCACCUUUGGAGUUAAAGAAAUGAUUGCAGCUGUUUCUGAAGUAUUGUUACUGACAUAUUUAAUGUGUCUAAACAGCAUUUUAAGGUUGUUGCUGGUAGAGGUGGUAAUUCCAACUAUAAAUGCUCAUUACAGGUUUCUAGUACCUCCAAACUGUACUUAUACUGAUAGUACGUGCACCAGAGUGAAUGUAAUUAUUAUUCAUGAGUUUGAACAAACAGAACUUUAUUGUAAAAUUUAGCCAAGAUGCCACAGUGUGACGCAGCUUCAAAUGGAGCGCUGACACUGAGUCACUGAUGUACCUGAUGACAAAAAGAGAAAAGUUUAAUCCUAAUUAGGGUAAAUGUGAAGUCACUAUAGCAGCAGCUUUAAGGUUUAACCCAAAGAUAAAGAUGUUUGUGGCACCUGAAAGAUGACUAUCCCCAGCAAACAGUAAGGGUUAGGUAUCAAACUUCAGUACUGACCAAAAAGUAAUGACCAAAAGCUGGAGAGCUUGGUCUGAUGUGAUCUGUUGUGCUCUUAUUUUGUGAAUAGACUGACUGGUUUUUAAAUCACAGUUGUACUU